AUGUCUGACAGAAAAUGUUGUAAUGAUGUACUGAGUCAUUGAAAGAUUCAACAUAUAUGUGGCAAUGUAUAUUUCAUAAGUUAAUCGCCUGAUUAUUUCAAAGGAAGAAGCCAUAUCAUUAUCUCUGGUAGUAAAACCAUUAUUAGAUGGUCCAAAUGGUCUUUCAAAUGCUGUUCAAACUUUUGGCACUUUGGAUUUUCUUCUAAUGUGCCAAUUGUGCAUCUUGUAACCAUCCUAUGAUCACUGCAUGGCUCGAGCAGCUAUACUGCAAGACUCUCUCCCUUUAGAUCUUCAAUCUGUAAACGGUAUACAUCCAUAUUAUACAGUAUUAGUGAAAAAUAUAACUGACGCUUUAAAAUGAGGUCCACUCUGAAUGGCAUAGAUUGAGUGGAAAUUAUUUAUACCUUCCCAUGUUUUGCAUUAGCUCCACAUUUUGCGACUAGCAACUCAAUCCAUUCUUCCACCCGAGUUUUAAACUUUUUCCUCUAUGUCAAGAAUGCCAGCUUCCUGGACUGGUAACUUUUGGAUGCUAUAGAGAAGGACUGGUUUACAUUCUUAAUUUUUCUUAAUUUUAUGGUUAUUCAGAAGGACUGGUAACUUUUGGAUGCUAUAGAGAAGGUUCCAUCAGAAACCAAGACGGUGGUAUCAAUAUUCCUGGACCAAAACUGUAUGCAAGGAGAAAUGUUUCCAGGAAUCGUACUGGAAGGCGAUCCAGAACUCUUCAACUUGAUGCGGUAUCAACAAGAGAUGUAGAUGACCCAUCUUUCCUGUUAAACAUGUAUAAUCGUUUUCUUAGGGAUGAAAGGUAUAGUUAUUCCUGAAUGAUCCAGUUUUUGCAAUGUUUUAAUUUUGUAGCCCACCAUCAAGGCUAAUAUGAUGAAACCUCAUUAAUGAUGAGUCUAGUGAAGAAGCUUCUGUGGCUAUAUAUAUAUAUAUUCAUCAUUUCUGUGUAUGUGCCUGAUUUUUGACAGGUUAAAUGACUGUUUAGAUCUGCUUGAAAGCAUGGAGGAAAAAGGUCUCUUAGAUAUGAACAAAGUAACUCUUUCCCUGUGCACUGAUAUAUUUAAGCGACAUUUGACAAAAGGAUUCUGCUCCUGUGUUUAAGGCCCUUGAUAGAUGUAGAAAUUUGAUGUUUCAGGUUUACCAUGCAAGGUUUCUGAAGACAUGCAAAAGUCAUAAAGCCGUAACUGAGGCACUGCGUUUUACUAAGCUUAUUCAACAACCGUCCCUCAGCACUUUUAAUAUGCUUUUGUCUGUAUGUGCAAGUUCACAAGAUUCUGAUGGUUAGUUAUUAUAUUAACCAUAAAUUCUUUUAUAUUUAUCCAAAUAGAGUCCAGAUUAUCUUUCUAUGAUUUUUUUUUCCCCAUCUGAUUCCGUAUCUGAAUUGUAUACUUAGGAGCUUAUCAAGUUCUGCUACUUGUCAAGAAAGCUGGGCUAAGACCUGAUUGCCAAUUGUACACCACUCUGAUAUCAACCUGUGCCAAAAGUGGAAACGUUGACGCCAUGUUUGAAGUAUUGUAACUUACCCUUUAAGCCUAUAAAAUAUUAAACCUUAACCUUUGCUGGAGUCAUUUUUCUUUUUUAAGGGCUUGCCCAUUGUGGAAAAUUGACGUGAAGCUUGUGAUUUUUUUGGUACAAUAUUAGUGUUAAUACACAGAUACUUCAAAAGUGAAGGUGUGGCUUUUAGAAAUUUUUAGUGAUUUGGCCUGAUCAACAUUUGAUUUAUGAAACAUUUAAGUAGUUGGGAAAAUUACUGUUUAAAUACUGCUUCAUCAUAAGCCAAUUUUGAGGCCUAUUACUUCUUUUUUAUCUUAGUUCUAAAGUCUGCAUAAAUUUUUGCGUUUGCUUUCCAUUGGCAUGAACUCAUACUGAUAAUAAAAAUAUAAGUUACAAUUUAAAUUAUUGUUUAGUAGUUAGCCAAUAAAUUUUGCAUUUCACACUUUUCUAUGGUGAAAAUGUUCUGUUGACCCCACGAAACGGAGUAAAAUGUAGAGAGACAGGCCACGGAAGGAGUAAAUAGAUUAGCUUCCGAAGCAGAGCUACGCUAGCUUUUUUUUUAAUGUAUCGUGCCACAUGCAUUGAAUACAAAAAUGAUAGGUAUAUACAAACACAGGAUCAGCUUAUUUUCAACGAAUGAGACACUAUGUAUCUUCUACAUGGCAUAUAGCAGCGUGGUGUAGACCAUGACAAGAUUCCGAUAGCCUCAAAAUUAAGGAAUAAAAUCCCUCCUCAUCACAAAGUUCCAAAGAUUGGUGUCUUAUAUGGGGCAUGUAGACACGAAUGUGUUCUCUAAUCAAUAAAUUUCUGUGAUAAAGGUACUUAUUAAUGGAUUUUCAAUAUAACGUAUUCAAUCAAAACAAGGUUAUAGCCAUGGUAUGGGCCAAGAAAUUCUAAAUUCAGAUUGUGCAGUUGGCAUCAUCUAGUGUAAGGGCUGCAGAUGACGGAAGGCCCAAUCAAUGAGCAGAGGAAGAAAUGAUGGCACGAUAUCAUCAGCACUGAGUAGAGAAGGAGAAAUACUUGGAUUGAAAUAGGUGCUUGGGGUAGAGGAAAAAAAGUCAAGGUUCACAUAUUUAUGUAUUCUGCCACGUGAUGCGGACUCAGAGAAUAAUAGAUGGACAUGAUGUAGUCGUCCUCCCAAGAUGCAGAAGAACCAUGGGCAUGUCUCAACUAGCGUUACUAAUCCAGCAUCAAUCGAAUUACUAAAUGUCGUGCUGCCUUCAAGAACAGAAAAUCUCUGAUGAAAGGCGGUCAUGGGUUACUAUGAGUCCUCAAAUUUAUCAAUCCAAGACAGGGCAACGAGUGGUUGCUCCUCAGUCUGGUGAAGAGUCUCAGUUGAAGACCAAUUGCUUAUAGAUGGCCGCGGCUAGUUGAUAGUCUGCAUCACAGAAGGAUGGGGACAGAAUUCUAGGCUUAAGAGCAGACGAGAAUAUCAUAGUUUUGAUCUUUGGUUUGAUAGGAUAAGCUCAAGACCCCACGGUAGUUCCAGGGGUGCUGGCAUCACGCCUUCUUAUCUGAAUACUUUCUAAUCAUUUAGUUUAAGUAAUAUUUUCCACCUUGUGUGUCAUGAAGAAAAGAUAUUAUAGUUAAUCUUAUUAAAACCUUUAAUUUGAGAUUGCUUUUAGUUUUUGCAUCUCUCUGAAUAUUCCCUGUGAAAACAGUCUAUCAGAACUCAUAAUGUUGAACUCUGCCCUUCCGAAAGGAAGCAGUGAUGAGUCUUAGGGAGUUUCAGAUAAAAUGAAAGCAAUGCGAAGAUAGCUGAGUCUCCAUCUUCCAUUUUUCCCUCAGUUAUUUUUCAUUUUUUGUUAUAGAAAAAUCACUGAUCCUUUACUUUGGUCAGCUGAUCCCUUCCUGAUCCGGACAAAAAAUUAAAUCGUAAUUAUCCUUUUUCUUUGAAUCUAGAUUUUUGAAAACCUAGGAAAUUUUCCAAAAAAUAUUGAAAACUUCGUCUACUUUGUAGUGAAUAUUGUACUGCCGACUUGCAGCCUAUUUCUUUGUAGUUUAUUAGAAUGAUUAGCUUUUUCCAAUUUCUCCUAGGUUUUUCAUGAAAUGGUCAAUGCUGGCGUGGAGCCAAAUAUUCAUACGUAUGGUGCACUUAUAGAUGGUUGUGCGAGAGCUGGGCAAGUGGCUAAAGCAUUUGGUGCCUACGGAAUAAUGAGUUCCAAGGUGAAAAUCUCUCCAUGAUUCAUGGUACAAGUAUGCCGAUAUCUUAGGUUAGCGAUGUCGUCCAUUUCCGAUCACUUCUCUGUGCGACAUGAUCGUUUCUUUUAAUAUUUACACGAAAGGCCAACGAUAAUUUGUGGGACUUAAUGGAUUUUAAAAUGCAGUAGAAAGUGAAGCCUGAUCGUGUUAUAUUCAAUGCGCUCAUCAAUGCUUGCGGUCAAUCAGGAGCAGUGGAUCGAGCUUUUGAUGUUUUGUCAGAAAUGAGGGCAGAGCCAGUCCCUAUGGACCCUGAUCACGUCACCAUUGGGGCACUGAUGAGGACGUGUGCCCAAGCUGGUCAAGUAAGUCUAUCAAGCAGCAAGGUUAUGGAACACAUACUUGUUUACUUUUGUUUCAUCUUAAACAUUAUCCUGUCAAUUUGGAUUGCUUGGAUCCAACGGAGGAUCCAUAAUUUAUUAACAUCUUGAUACAAGGUAUCCGAUGCCAACCCUUUAUAGGAUUAUCCCAAAUACCUAAGAUUACAUAGGACAUUAGACGUUUUGACAAAAUUCCCAUGCGAAUUUUUUUAGGUAGGUAGAUUUCCAUCAUUGCUUAGGUAUUUUUAGAUCAGGCUAGGUGAGAACAACAUUGGGUGGUUCCCAAAAAGUCUAGAUAGAAACUGUCGCACUUGAAUACAGGAUCUUAAUAUAUCCCAUUUUUAUUUUUAUCCUUUUACUGCUAUUUCACAGGUUUCCCGUGCUCGUGAAGUAUACAAAAUGCUUCAUCUAUAUAAUAUAAAGGGUGAUGCAGAAGUUUACACGAUUGCUGUCAGCACUUGUAGCCAGACUGGUGACCUGGAUUCUGCACUUUCCAUUUAUGAUGACAUGACAAGAAAUGGUGUUCUUCCCGACGAGGUAACUCCAUUGGCCAUAGAUAGUCUCCUGCUACUUUUUCAUAGAGGUGCUUAGUUUGUGAAAUAGUUGCAUUAAUUAAUGUACUGACGCUAAGUUACACAUUGACGCCUGAAUUUUCUGUAAGGAUUGGGUCUAAAUUUAAUGUAAUGUACCUUCUAAUGAUGUGUCUGAAUAUUGUCUCAAUUGAAUACUGAUAGUCCACUCCCUUGAACUUGAAAAUCAGUCCAAAUAUUCUGGUAUCGAUCUAAUGCACAGUGCACUUUUGGAUAUUAUUUUUUGUUAGUAAUAAUUAUGUGAUAAUUCUUGUGAGGCUUGGAUCAAUAAUGGCCGAGGAAACUUUUCUCCUCUCCUUCGUCAUUGCCUCCUUUUUAUUAUCGUGCUUUCUUCUCGAUUUUAUUUUAUUCCUCUUCCUAUGCCUCAGUGUUUUUGAAGCAUUGAUGGAGGUGAUGGGUGAUAUCCUAUCUACCUCGCUUGAGAGACACUUGGGUCCUUGAGUGUGUAAUAUGCAUUUUUUUGUCUGAAGGCGGUUGGUAGAAUAUUUCGAAAGUAAGAAGAGUAUCAUGCGUUUAAAAAAAAAAGGAAAAACAGCUGCAAGGCUCCUUCAGGGAAAUGACGACAUCUUUCAGAAUAACCGAGUAUUCCUCUAUCUCGAAAUGCAUUUCCCUUAGUGGAUAUUUCAUAACCCCCCUCAUGGAAAUGGAUAAAUUUCACAAAAACUAAAUAUUCCUCUCAGUCAUAAAUGGAUUACCUCUAGCUAUUUGCUUCAUAGCACUCCAAAAUGAAUAACCUCGUUUUUCAAAAGAAUAAUGAAGAAAAGAUAACUAUUACCCGAGGUCCCCACCUGAAAUGACAAAACUACUUAUACAACCACUAUUCUAUUGGUAUAUAAAAACAGAAAUUUCCCUGAUGAAUCUUUUGUGAUUAUAAACGGCUUUCUAACAUGUAUAUAUUUACUCGAGGUCAUCAAGAGCCUCGUUUCUGAACGUCACUUUUUGUGGAUUCGUUUUCGUUUUAUGUUUGCUGAUUAGUCUGUCUUCAUGAUCAUUUUCUGGCUUUUCGGGCUUCUUGAAAGGUCAUUGUCGAACCUUCUCUUGCCCUGGUCUCCUUGAUGAUAAAUUCAUAUUUCCACAUAUUUCUGUCAUUGUGACCCCGACCAUGCCAAUCAGGUUCUCUAUCUCUAUUUUAUUCUCAUCCUUCCUACCUUCAACUGCUGCCACCGCACCAUUCACCAUUUUCAGAGGGGAUUCCAUGGAAGCUCCUAGCACCAGUCCAUAUUCCUCAUACUUCACAAAUCCAAGAGGUCAAUAGACAAGACAUUUACCAUUGUGCCAUUCGAAAGCAGGAAUUUUCUUGUCUAACUAUGGCCGGCGCCUUUACGUUUUAUGUAACAUUUCAGUUCUCUAAUAAACCGCAAUAGAAAUUUAGUGAGCCUAGGCUUCUGGCUUUCCGGCUACUUUCCGCCUUUGUGGAUCUAACUUUAUUAUGCAGAUGGAUCUCAUUCUCUAUUGAGUAGGCCUUCUGGCAUCACCGGAGGGAUCAGAACCUCAUCGUAGUCCUUGAGAAUUGUUUCACAUGAGCUAACAGAGAGCUAAAGUGAAGACCCCCCCUCUCUCUUCUUUGCUGUGGGCAGCCUUUCCCUCCGGUGAUGCCAUUCUGUCGUUCCCGUUAGUACGGUGGAAACUUGAGAGCGUCCUUCAGGCCUAGCAUGCUCGUCAAAUGUGUGCUUGAGGCAAAUUUCGAUGGAGUAUGACACAAAACCAAUAUCACACCAGGGUCAGUUUUAACCUUGGUCACGUAACAUUUACCUCUCCAUCUUGCUGUAUAUUGACUGGAACAUGUGCCUCGUGGUAUUGUGUUCAAGUUCCUGUAUUUUUGAGGAUUAGGAUGGAGUUCUGGUCUAUCCCUCCAGUAUUUCCACUCCCAUAAUUCAAACCUAGCAUCCUUUUUUGCAACAUUCAUAAUAUUUAUUUUUGCAGAAAAAUAAUGUCCACAACAGCCACUUCUACCAAUUUUAGGAACCACCUUUUUUGAGCGAAGGACAACAGGUGCACAUUGCCAGAAGGAUGCUUUGAGACUUGGAAGCCUCAUUGGUGGUUCAAAAUUUUCACCAUUCUACCCGAUGAUGAGGAGUCUUUUAAAACUCUUUCGCACCCAUUUUUGACAGCUGGUGUAGAGGAGAAAGGAGGAAAGGGGGAUGGUUGAUCUGAAACGUUUUCGCGGAAAAAUUAUGUGCCCAGAUAACAAAUAUGCAUUGGAGUGGUGAUAUGGAAUUUUUUUGUCUCUGAAUUAUGGCCUGUAGACAACUACAAAUCAAACCUUCUUGCCAAAAAAAAUUUGUAUCGUUUUUCUUCUAAUCCGAAGACAACCGACCUAGUGUUUGCAUGGAUAUUCAAAUUAGCUGAAAAUACAAUGUUAUGCAUUAUACCUUCUCAAAAACCUAAGUUACCACGACUAGGAGUCUCUAGUAUCAACGUGUGUUCACCAUUUUUGGUUGAGCAUUUUGCACCCACCGUACUAGGAAAAAGAGACUCGUUUAAACACUCGAGUGCAUCAGGGAUGAUUAAAGAAGAAUUGUUUGAUCUGUCUAGAGUGAUUUGAAAUUAGGACUAAUCCAGUUUUUUGUUCUCCUAAUUUAUGGCCUUACAGAUAUUUUCAAUGGUAUAUAUCUAGUUGAGCAGGAUCUUGAUUCCAUGGUUGCGCGAAGCAUUUAUUUUAGGUUUGUCUUUGUAUGGAAUAGAAUGAAGGGGAGGACGAAGAAAAGAUGCUGGAUAUGCCAGUUAACAGAAAGCAUGAAUGCAUUACGGAUUCCAGCCAGGAGAUUAAAUCCUUAAGCCUCUAAAACGAACAGCUAUGUAUUACCAAAUAAACAGUAGACUAAAAUCUGAGUGGAUUUUUUUUUAAUAUUGAUAUGAAGUAUACUUAUCAUAUCUUCACUGCUAAGAGAAAGUUCCUUCAUAUAGUAUUUGGAGUUGCAUGUAUUUUGAUCAGCAGUCGAAUAAACAUAUUAAGAGAUGCAAAACUCGUCAUAUUGAAUUGUCUAAAGACCCUAAAACAGUUCAUAUGCUCGAUCGGCUAAAAUUAUUUUGAACAUAUUCUGAAGAAUAUAGUGUACUUAUUCAUGUCUCCACGGAUGAUUAAGGGUGCAUGAUCAAUAUCAUAUUUUGAUUUAGCAAUCAAAAUGUCUCACAAUGCUCUUUGGUUGGUAAUGUACGCCCUUCUCUUUUGUACUCAUCAUAUAUUCAAGUAAUUUGGUUUAUCCAUUUUUCAUUCACCUCUUGAUGUUAGUUAUUUAGAGAAAAUGGUUCUAUUUAAAUUAUUGACACACUUUGUUUACACAGAUGUUUCUGAGUACAUUGAUAGAUGUAGCUGGACACGCUGGUAAGGUUGAUGUUGCUUUUGAGAUCCUGAAGAAUGUGAGAAGCAGAGGAAUUCAACCCGGUGAUAUGUCUUAUAGCUCAUUGAUGGGUGCUUGCUGCAAUGUACGCAAUUUUUGGUUCAUGCUGCGGUUUCAUGCAAUACUGUCCACUAGAUUCCAUUGUAUAUACCUCAAAUGCGAUCUUAUCCUAUGCUUCCACUGACACUAUGUUGCCAGCUUUGCCAAACUCGAUAUUAUUAUUUUUACCCUUGAAUUUGCCACAUUUUCUUUUGAAAUGGUGUUCAUAGCAAUCUGGAAGACCCAUACAAUUUUUUCCUCCACUUUUGCAGGCGAAAAAUUGGCAGAAAGCUCUGGAACUUCAUGAGUUCAUUAUGGCUAAUAAAAUAGUUCCAACAGUUUCUACAAUGAAUGCUUUAGUUACUUCCUUAUGUAAGUCUUUCCAAUUUUCAACGUGUGAUGCUUUAUUUUUCUUCUUAGAAUGUCAUAGACUUUAACAUUUGAUAUUCAGUUAUUGCUUAAUUCAUUAUUUGAUUUGCCUUGUUGAGAUUUUUUCCUUUAUAAUUUCUUUUUCCUCUAACCGCACUCAGAUUUAUGACCUGAGCCUUUGCAGUGGGUUUAUCAUGAUUUAGGAAGAUCUUUUCCCUUUUUUUCAUAGUCAUCAUUGGUAAAUCUUUAGGCCUUCAAUUUUCAUAUGUGCCCUUCUAAUUAUUGUUGGGGCAUAGUUUCUUAAACCUCUUGAAGAUGUACCCUCCAUUUUGAUCUAAAAUACCGAUUCACCUAAUUAAGAUGUUCAGGGAAUAUUUUCUGGUAGGAACCUUGAUCUAGAAGAUGGUAGAAUUUCCUCUGAGAAGAAUAGGAACAGGGGUUGGGGGUUGAGUCGUGGAGACCGAAUCGGUUCUGCCACAACAGACGGAGGAUCUCCAGAGACUUUGGGAACAAAUGUUUCUUUUUCUGCCCUAUACAAUGGAGUUCCCCUUAUUUAUAAACCUCAAUCUUCCCCUUCACACGUGGGUGCUUACGAACAUCCACGUGCAUCAGUUGGACCGGAAGAAGCUGGAAACAUCUUUAGUCGAGUAUGUCUUAAUGGGAGACUUAUCAUUUUCCCAUAAGUUACAAAAGUUGUGAGGUUUAUUAGGGUCCGUAAAUUCCCUGUGCAUUGCUGUCAUGAUAAUCAUUUUCGGGUUGGGAAACUCCCCUCUUUUUCUUUCAAGAAAUUCAUUUCCAUCAUUCAGAUGAUGAAUAGACGAACUAAAGCUUCAUAAAUGCAACCUAGCUGGGAGUUAUGCAGCAGAAUUACCACAGCAGGUCCAGUGUAUAGUCAAAAAAGUGUAAAAUAUUACAUGCUAUAUUAACAACGAAAUUUCAAUCUAAAAGGAAAAUAAUUUCGGGGCAGUUAAAAGAGUACGUUCUACCACAUGUUAUACAGAAGAGCAGACGCUCUUGAGUGUUUUGAGACAAAAGGUAACUCUUGAAGCGAACAGCAUAGCAAUUUGCAACUGACAUUUGAAUUCUCACUUAUGAGAGAUGAAACUCUUUUCUGAAUGAAUGCUACUUCUAGUUUGUCUGGAUUCUCCAAUGUGCCUCCGAAUCAUGCACAAUCUCCGUGGAGAGUUUCUUGAAAAUUCGCCAUCUGUGUUUUGUGAGGAAAAUUCCCACAGUUUUUUCUAUUAUUCAGAUGUGUUCUGGAUUUUUGAACUGUGUUUCUACUGCUAUUCUCUCCGGAGUUACCAGCAGAAGCAUCACUCGACCAUUUUCCUAGGAGUGGCAAGCAUUUCUGUAUGUUAAAAAAUCUGCCUUCUUGUCAUAAAGGAAGAAAAGAUACCCUUAUGGGAUCUGCAUUCUUUAUUUUCCACUUUAUAGAAGAAAAAUCUCGGGUCGUCUCCUUUCAUCUAUUUCCUCAAGUUAUCUGGAACCCUUUUUCUCAUCCUACAACACUUUGCGAGUGAAAGUUGUUUUUUCCAUUAUUUUCCAAUUCUGUAUACCUUUGUUGUGCUUUUCUGUCUCCUAUAAAUGAUAAAAUUGAAAGAUGGCGAGUUCCAAGUGAAAAAAUUAUAUAUCUAGGUUCAUCUCUCUCUGAGAUUUUUUCCACUUUAAAUGCCUUAGAAGCCGUUGACUUCAGGCCCGAGCAGGCGUAUUGGAUGGUUCCACCAUUAUAAUUCAUGAACGGAAAAGGAAUUACAUUAUAAUAAAUAGUUGAAACCUUGUUUAAGUCAUCAAUGAUGAAAUUAAUCAAUUUAAAUCACGUGCAUCUCUAUGAGUGUAAGCUAGAUUUAUAAGAGCUCGUUUUUAUCUAGGUUCAUUGAAUGUCUCCCUGGUGGUUGGUAAUGGGCUGCGUUAAAUGAAUGUGCAGGGCAUUGCGUGCAUUCAAUGCCAAGUAUCUUCUCUGAAGUGCUCGAAAACCACUUUUUUUCUAGGGUGACAAAAAAAUCAUGAAUGAAUUGUAGAGUACGAAGAGCGACUAAAACUAAUUACACCAGGUGAAUGAAAGCCGAAAAGAGAAUUACAUAAAUAAGAUAACAUCGUCUCAGAGUACUAACGUUAGGGUAAACAAAGGGUCGGCAUAGAUCUAAUUGAAUUGAUGGUAAAUGCACAAGAGAAGAAGAAAAAUAAUAUAACGCUAUCUCAAACAUCAUCUGAAGAAAAACAAGGUGGAAUUAUCUUUGAAUCUUAUCCAAACAUUACAUACAUCCUGGAGAAAAUAUAGGCAAGAAUUAACAGUUUCUGAUCAUUUUCUAUUAAGAAAUGUCUAGUGAUUCCCGAAAUAAGUUUCUAGGGUUUAAUUGUCCAAAAAUCCGUUUCCCCUGGUAUACAUGUUAUCUGGAUUACAUAUAUGAUGAUGUUUCACCAUAUUUCAACUCCGUGAGAGUCGUGGCAUUUUAUUGAGAUAUGUGGCAUUGUACACAAUGUUGGUGUGAUUGUUUUCAUUUUUUAAUCCAUGCUACUGUUCUGAGUUUUCCCCUUGGAUGUGUGGAAUAUAUGAUGUCUGGGGAUACAAAUUGCCGAUCAUUCGUCAUAGUUGGCUGAAGGAUGAUUCGAUAUUUCACCGUUUGUAUGUCAUAAUUUUGAUGUAGGUGACGGGGGCCAGUUGCAUAAAGCCGUUGAAGUUUUCAAUGAAAUGAAGGAAGCUGGUGUUUGCCCAAAUGGCGUAGCCUAUUCAAUCCUCAUUGUAGCAUGUGAAAAGUAACAUCAGUGAUGCACCUCCUUUCUUAUAUGUAUAUAUUAACUUUAACAGUCACAUUCACAAUUGUUGCAUUCUCUAUUGAAGGAAAGAUGCGGUAGAAUUGGGCUUCCAGCUCUUUUCACAGGCUAAAACAGACGGUGUUCGUCCUAAUCUUAUCAUGUGCCGGUGCUUGACUGGUAUUUUUUUUUUAAUUUUUCAGCUUUAUUAUCACUAGUGUUAUUUUUUUUCUGAAAAUCAUUUAUUCUUCACAAAAGGAGGCCCGAUCUGUCCUUACCUUUUCUAAUCAUUUGAUUCUGCUAUUGAUAAUCGAACAAAUGAGUAAGCCAAUAUUACAAGCCAAGUGGGCAGUCUAAUUGUCUCACGCUGAUUCUGCACCUGAAGUUCGCCGUAAGAAUUGGUUAUCUCCCAAUUUCAUCAUGUGGCAAUGGCUGACUCAUGGAUCCAUAGAUCUAUUUUCUAAUUUUCUUGGUACUAUAAUGAGGCAGUUUGUGCUUGUCUUUUGUCUUUAACAAACAGAAAACCCGUUCUUUCAUCAAAUUUUAUGAUAACAUUCAUUUGAUUUAGUAACGUUUUAAAUUACUUCAUAUGAGAAAAGUGGGUGGCCCAGUGGGCUUGAGACAUUAGCUCCGGAAAUUAUCUUGAGUUUGUCUCCCCACAGUGUCAUUUGAUUUGCGAAUGGUGUGAAGGGUUCGGAAGGCAAGCGCACCUGGCCCUCAAUGGGUUUCAUAUUUCGUCAGAUUUUCCGUGUCCUCAACCUGCCAUCUUUUGGCACACGGCUGUAUUUUCAGAAUCUUAUCUUGGAUGCCAAACUAGUCAACGUGGCUGCCGUAAUAAAAGGCCUUUUUACAGGUUAGGUGCAUAGCAACAAUAGAAGCAAACUGUGAUAUCCGGAGACAGCAUACAAGAUAUCGUAAUGCAUGCUUCAAUAAAAAUUCAACUUGUUUGCAAAACAUAUGCUUAAGUUGUCCAUUUAAAGGUUGAAUCUGAGAUUAGUUUUAGUUCUGUUCAAAAAGCAUCUGAAAAGCGCCAUAUUGCUCCGUUUUUUCUGCGGAACUCUACAGUCUCUAACUACAAUUCAGACAUGCAUAUAUACAUUCGUACAUACGGAACUUCAUUUAUGUUCUAAGUUGGCCUUUAAUGAGCUUAGGUUUAUAUUGAUGCCAAUAGUUUUGGCCGACCGAAAUACCGUUUCAUUUCCAACUGCCUUUUUGUUAAUAUCCAUCGUUUUUGAUAGAUAUAGGAGUAUUACUUUAUAAUGUGGACUUGUUUGAGAGCAAUGGAUGACGAACUCGAGAAGGAAAAUAAAGACCAUGCAGAAUAAAGAUUCCCUUUAAUUGAAAACGGUCUAAAUCAUAUAUUGAGGACAGCAGAUUAUUUAUCUAACACACUUCAAAUCAGAAUUGUACUUAAAACAGCUGUUUCCCAAACGCGCUAUUUGAAGGUUUUCAGACCUCUGUUGCUGCUGAUCUUUUGACGAAAAUUAAUAUAGUUCUGAUUUGUAGAUUCAAGAUCCUUCUUGGUCGUGAGCUCUCGUGUGUCUCACCCCUUGAACAUUCCACCGUUAGAGAUAAAAACGCUUGCUACGAAAACAUGCAUUUCCCUUCUCUGGAUGUCAUCCACGGGUUUAAAUAAAUCUCUUGAAAUGAUCUCCUAUUAUUUUGUGAGUUCUGAUGAAAAGUUACUUUUCUCUCCGUCUCUUUAUACAAUAUGAUUUACUGCUUCUAUGUGGUUUCCUUGCAAGGUUUGUGUUUGCGGCGUUUUGAAAGGGCUUACACUCUUGGCGAGCCUAUUCUAUCCUUAACCUCUGGGAAGCCGCAAAUUGAUAGUACAUGGUAUGGGCCUCUUCAUUUAAAACCCGCUGGUCGUUUGAAACAUAGUGCUAAAGGAGCUUGGUUGUCUUCUAUGGGUAGAUAGUUCUAUUGAUGCUUAGAGCUUCUUCGUUUGAAUUCAGUUUCGGUUUGAACAAGAAACAUAUUUUAUUACGGUAAUCUGAAUUGUCCAAAUACUUAUAUUUAUAAUGAAACUGUGAAGUUUUAACUUUGUUAAAUAUUGAUCAGUUGUGUGUUAUGUAUUUGCUCUUCCUCUCCCUUAGUGUAGAAUGUGCAAGUCUUUCUAUCGGUAUUUAGGGGAUGAGAUGUCAUUAUGUCCGAUGAAGUACAAACUCACCCUUUUGUUUUUUUCUGUUUUGUUCUCUGGGACGUUAAUGACCAAGCUACCAAGUCAUCAGGCAGGGAGCAUAAGGAUCUAUUUUAAGAUGGGGAUGUAAAACAUAUAAAUACUGGUUUUUCUUGUGACCAGUUUCACGUUAAAACUUUUGUAUGUAGUUUUAUUUCAAUGGACUCAUAUGCUGCCAUAUUUGUAUGAAGAUAUUUUAUCUUCUUAACUUUUUAUAUGUACUCUUUCCAGUUUCUUCCGGAUUCCUUGACGUUACUAUCAUUUACAUGCACAACCAAAAGCGUAGUUGCCCGCAAACUGUACUCAUGUGACUUCUGUCCAAUUCCAUCUUCUCCAGGGUUUGUCCACUAAUAACCUGUGACCAUGAUGUUCUGAUCUAUCAUUGGCUCCAACCGACUUAGGAUUGACGGAAUAAGUCGCAUAAAAACAAUCAUAAAUAAUGUAAUGCUUUUUUAAUUACUAGUUUUUUCUAGUUUGGCAGACUUUACUAGUCGUCAUUCCAAUUUCUUCACAAAAAGUGGUCUAAAUUUUUCAGGACAACUUGGGCAAUAAUGACCUACCGUGAAACAAUUGCUGCUGGUGUGAUACCACCAAUUGAAGUUUUUUCUCAAGUCUUGGGAUGCUUGCAGUUCCCGCGUGAAGCUUGUUGGAGAAACAGAUUUGUUGAGACCCUGGGUCUCACCAUCGAUAGCCCAAAGGCUUCCAAACUUGUUUCCCUGCUUGACGGAUUUGGAGAAUAUGAUUCACGUUCCUUUUCCAUACUGGAGGUUGGAAAGAAAUCCCUGGCAUUAUCUCUGAUUGUUUAUUUUUUACAAGAUGCUACACCAUUAUUACUCUCGUGGUCCAGGAAGCUUCUUCCCUUGGAGUAGUUCCAUGUGUAUCGUUUAAGGAAAGUCCUCUUCUCAUUGAUGCAAGGAAGUUGCAGAUCCACAUUGUCGAGGUAAUAUAACGUUAAGCUAUCCUAUUUGGAAUUGGUGCAGGGUGUUCAUUUAUUGCAUUGAUUUAUGACUUUGGUGAAUUUACUUGAGAGCUUCUUGUCACUUACGAUGUACAACUUAUACCAGUUUCUACUAAAUUGGUACUUUGCUCCAAUCUUUAAGGAAACUUUCCCAUUGUUUAGGCAAUCGGUAGAUUUUCUGGAGAUGUCACUGUGCUCAUUUUUGUCACGUUGACCCCACUGACAUCAGAAUAGUAUUUCGUACUGCCUACUUAAUUGCAUAGUCUCUUGUUUUUACCUUGUCAGCAACUGAGUUUACCUUGUGCAAUUGUCUGUGAUGUGGUACUCGGACGCCACUUGUUUUUUGGGUUUCGUUUUGCAUCCUUGUCACUCCUUGCCUAUCCAUGAAUUAAAAUUUCAUUCACUGCAUGUGUCACAUGGAUAGGCAUCUCGCUCAUCAAACAUUAUCACUUUCCGAAUUCAAUGAACCUUUUUUUAACCCUAUCGAAUGCGUCCGAAUUAUAAAAGAAAAAAUCAGCCCAUUCAAAUAUUCUUGAUAGGGGUUGCUUUUGUAUAAUAUGGGUACCAUAUUCUGAUAGGGAAUCCAAUAAAAAUAAGUUGUGUUUAAGAAAAUAUUUGGCAGGAACCAUACUGUUCCUAGACAGGGCUUCAACAGAUCCCAGGUGCGUAAUUUUCUUGUACUGUGGAAACCCGAAAUCGUGGUGCGCUUAUGAAGUGGAUAAUUUCUGAAAUCAAGGCAUGCCCCAGAAUGUACCUGCAAGAUAACAAAUUUUCCUCGCAGGAAAUCAAGAGGAUUUUCUUUUCCAAUCCUUGGGUUAUUGUUCUCUCAUUUAUAUUUUCUUCUGCAAAUCUUCAUGUUUUAGGGUGAAUUUUUAAAUUAAAAAGUCAGACAUGCUCUUUUAAAAAGCCUUUUUUAUUUUUUGUGGGCAUUCCAUUUCGUUUUAAUUUCCCGACUUCAGGUAACUGACUCAAUCAUUCGAAUGUAUCAGGUAUAUAUUUUAACUGUUUUGAAAGGUCUGAGGCAUCGUCUUGCAGCUGGUAACUCUAUCCCUACCGACGCUAAAUCUUCAUUGUGUAGUUAUUUUUUCCGCCUUAAUUACAGUUUGAAUAUCUGAUGUUAAAAAAGCAAAACAGAAAACGUGGGAUACAGCAACCAAAAGUUCAUCGGAAUCACUUCCAGUUAGUAAGAUGAUCAUAAAUUUAACGAUAUUAAAAAAUUACGUGUUAAGAUGAGAUGGCAUGUUCUAGGAAGGUAACCUUCCUCUAAUUUCGGGCUCACGAUUUUCUCUUUGGGAACCUGAUCUUAAUUUUUCACGAGAACUAUUAUUAGGCUUUGAUUUAUUCGUUAUUAUCAUUUAUCUUUUUUACAGGCGCAAGGCUACCCAACAUAACAAUUCUACUUCCCACGGAGAAAACAAGAAUGUUAUCCAUAAAUGGAGAGAAAACGAUCACCCUAGCGGGAAGGUAACAAUUUUUUACAAUUUUUUUUUUCUCAGUAGCAUAGUUUUUUGGAAGAAAUAUCUAAAGCAGCCUUUUACCGACAUAACGAUUACUUUUACAGCAGAGGAAGAGACUAUUUAUUCUCAUAUUAAUCAUUUAUCCUUGAGAUGUGCGUAUAACAAUCUACAACUCCAGGAAUUUCUUCGUACACCCUUCCAAAAUUAUUCCACAUGCUAUGAAAGCCAGUAUUAGACUCAUUGCACAGACGUAGCAAGUGAUUUAAUGAAGUCAUGAUCCUGUAUGGUAAUCCCGAAAGAUGGUGGGCCUGCAAGUUUCGGCCUUUCUUUUUUCAUUUAGUUCGGUAGGAGGCGUGACUAUUUGUCCUUUGGCCCGACCUCGUUAAACACAGUUCUAUGAGCUACUUGAACUCUGUUAAUGCAUCCAUACUUGGUGAAAACAAAGGCAUCGGCAGAUGCCAAUUGGAGAAAGAAGAUGCGUUAUUAUGGACCAUAGUGCCCCUUUUCCCCUCACCCCGGCAGACCAAUUUUAAAUGUUACCCUCCGUCAUUCAUUCACGUUGCAGCAGUUCCCCGCUGUAUUGGUGGGUCAUCUUUCUCUUAGAAAAGAAGCUUAUCUUCUCAAAAUGCCGGCGCCAUGCCGCUUGUUGCAGGAUUGGGAAAGCCGUAGGAUCCUUGAUGAGGAGACUCGGGCUGCAGUACCAAGGAGAUGAAUCUUACGGUAAAAUAAGAAUCAGUGGCUUCGCUCUGAGGCGCUGGCUCAAGCCGAAGACGACCAGCUCAUCUCUGAGCUGGAAACAGCCGCUGCUGACUUCUUCACAGGCCCGCCUCGCCAAGGGCAUCGUGGAGCAGCAGCGCAGCAUCCGCAAUAGUAACAAUCUCUCUCUUGGGUAUUAA